AUGAAUAAUGCAAACAAAGAAUUAAUGUUAUCUAUCAAUGAUAAAAGCAAAUUAUUGUUCAAACAUAUUGAAUUAAUAAAAAAGAGUUCGCUACAUUGGGAAAUAAUAUUCAAUCGAACGGAUAAAUAUAAUGCCAUAACAAAUGAAAUGUAUGAACGUAUUACAGAAAUAUUCGAUGAAGCAGCAAAAGACAAAGAAUUAAUUCUUCUUUCAAUAACUGGAAAAGGAAAAUUUUAUUCAGCUGGAACUGAUUUAACUAAUUCUGCUGAAUCAUUUACAUCAUCAACAACUGAUAUUGAAACAAUAAUUAAACAAGGGAAAAAUCGUUUACAAAAAUUUAUUGAUAGUAUAAUAAAUUUUCCAAAAAUUUUAAUUGCUUUUGUCAAUGGACCAGCUAUUGGCAUAUCAGUAUCAACAUUAGGCUUAUUUGAUGGAGUUUAUGCAUCAUCUUGUGCAACAUUUUCUUUACCAUUUACGCGUACAGCACAAUCAGCUGAAGGUUGUUCUUCAUUUGUUUUCCCGAAUCUAAUGGGUUCAAUUCAUGCGAAGGAAAUUCUUUUAUUUGAUCGACAAUUAACAGCUGAAGAAGCUCAACAAAGAGGUUUAGUUACAAGAGUUAUCGAUGAUAAUCUAUUUGAAAAUGAAAAAGAAAAUAUUUGCAAACAUAUUUUAUCAUUACCUAAAGGAAGUUUGUUAGCAAGUAAAGCAUUGAUGCAGCGAUGGAAUAUUGAUACGCUGAAAAUCGUUAGUAAAAAAGAAAUCGAUACUUUAGAACAACGUUGGUUAACUGAAGAAUUUGCAGAAGCUAUUUUCACAUUUAUCAAUAGAAGAAAAAAAUCAAAUUUAUAA